UUCAACACUUUCCUCCUUUUUUCUGAAGAUGUGGCAGUCGCUGUACUUUCUGGCGCUGCCAGUGAUGUCACUACUGCUGAUCUUCUCUCCUGCCGGGCGGAGCAGCGAGGACCUCACGCUCACCCCGGGGUGUCACCUCUAUCGUAAGUACCGUAAGCACUUGUUGGGUUUGGUGACCUCGAUGUACCUAAUGAAGUGUCCUCCACCAGCCUUCAACGUGACCAUCCGCAGUGACCGUCGAGGAACAUGCAGAGGAACCCACCUGGUGCACGCCUGCGUCGGUUAUUGCGAGUCCAGCGCCUUCCCGUCCAGGUACUCGGUGCUGGUGGCUUCCAACUUCACCCACAACGUCACGUCCACGUCACAGUGCUGCACCAUCAGCAGGGAGGCCAAGGUCAAAGUUCGCUUGGAGUGCCCGGGAGGACGUCACCACGAUGAGCUGGAGAUCCUGACAGCUAAGGCGUGUCGCUGCGACAUGUGCCGCAGCUCACGACACUGA